GCCUGCCGACUGCAGGCUUUGCAGCCAGGCUGAGCCAGCAUUCGCAUUUCGCAGCUCAGCACAGAGGAAACUGUGGAAGACUACGAUGCUUGUGUUGUUUCCCUGCGUUUUACCUCCUUUCCGAAAUCAAACCGUCAGAAUCCUGUUUUGGUGUUCAUGCUGCUUUAAUGUAAAACUUCGGAUGUGAGUUCCCGUUGACGAAUUGGGCGAAUUCUGCAAGCAUGUCUCGAAAUCCCACAUCAUCCUCCGCUGCAGGGAAUCGCGCUGGAAUCCUGGCGAUCUCGGACGGUAUGCAGUACCUUUUAUCCUGUGAGGAAUUGAGCGACGUGCAGUUCGCGGUGGGACGGGAUUAUGGAGCCGUGAGACUCUUUCCAGCUCUCAGACCCAUCCUAAGUGUGCGCAGUGCAGUCUUCUACACAAUGUUCUAUGGAAGUAUCCCAGAGAACUGCACGGUUCCAAUUGAAAUUCCGGACAUUCUUCCCGAGGCCUUCGGUAACAUGAUCAGCUACAUUUACACCGAUACCGUGAAGAAUCUCACUUCGGAUAACGUCUUUCACACUCUGGGCUGCGCGGACAAAUAUGAUUUGCCAUUGCUGGUAGCCAUGUGCACCGACUUCGUCUUGAAUAAUCUCAGCAUCCGCAACUGCCUGGAUGUAUUGGAUAGUGCGGUUCACUACGCGGUUGCGGCGCCGGGCAUCCUGGAGAGAUGUUUCAGCCUGACUGAUGAAUCAGCGACCAGUGUCUGGAAAUCGCAGCAGUUCUGUGAGAUUGGAGAAGAUGCGCUACGCAGCAUUCUCCAACGGGAUACGCUGACCGCCAACGAAGAUACCAUUUGUUCGGCGGUUGACAAGUGGGCUGCAGCCAUGUGCGCACGAAAAAACCUGGACGCUUCGCCCACCAAUCGGCGUGAAAUACUGGGCCAGACGCUGUUCCUCAUCCGAUUUCCACUCUUAACCGAUGCACAGCUAUUGGAUGGACCCGUCAAGAGCGGUUUGUUGCUGCAGUCGGAAUUAAUGGCCAUUUACCACUACAAGUAUGCCGCCAUCAAACCGCAGCUGCCGUUCCCUACGGAGCCUCGUCAAAAUGUGCGCGGUGAAGGUGUUAUUACCUACACGAUUCCGGACGUAAGGAAGCUGCAGGAUACAUAUACGCACAGCAGCGAUCCGAUUAUAGUCAGAAAAAUGCUUUGGAGUAUCGCGGUGCAGAAGCGAACUGACGGUGGGUCGGCUACCCUCGGCUUCUACCUGCGGUGUUGGGGUUGUCCGGAAUUGGCUUCCUGGAAGUGUCAGGUUAAUGGUGAGAUGCGCCUGUUGCCGUUGAACGCGGAAACUGCACUGGUUUCUAAACGUAUCGAUGUCGGACCUGUUCAGCAAGGGUACAUUUGGAUGGGGAUACCCGAAAUAUAUCGCUAUGGAGGAUUUACUGGAUCCGGCAAAAGGCUACGUCAGUCCUGAUGACUUUUCCUUGAAACUCCAAAUUCGAAUGGCAGUGAGCGUUGAUCUUCCUGCUGAAAUCGGAUAAGCAGCCUGUACCGGUGAACUGUUUAGGGAUUUCUCUCCGAUUACCAAAUGGGAAUGCUCUAUUUAACCUAGUAACCGGUUAAAUUGACUAACGGAAGUGGGAUGAUGUGAUUUUUUUAGUAUUUAUUUUUCUGACUUUAUCUGCCGAUUUUUUAAUAUUUUUUCUGGCGUUAUCUGCCGUUCCGUUUCCGUUUUUUUCUGGCGUUAUUAAUUUAGCCGUUCAAGUUAAAAUCAGUAACAGCAAUUCGUUUGGGCCCGUUGAAACGGAAACUUCGAAGUAUCUGUGUACACGAUUGUAUCUGUCGAAUCUCGUAUAAUAUACUG